AUGGACACCAAAGAAAUCACUCACUACGCCAUACAAAUCGGAAAACUGCACGAGGAUGGUAACUAUGACGACGUCAAAUCUCUGCUCACAAGUCUCAGCAAUAUUUCUGUCACUUUAGAGCAGUUACAGUAUACAGACAUUGCAAAAGUCCUCUUCCAGCUCCUGAAGUUCUGCCCCGAGACAACAGUGAAAAAAAAUGCGAAACUUCUGCUUUCAAAAUGGAAGAAGCUGUACAGUGGCGCUUGUACUAUACCACAGAAAAAUGACACCAAAGAACACAGUACAAAGGCCACACAUGAACACGAGACAUCUGAGGAAGUGGUCAGCAAAUAUGACUCGGAUGAACUUCAAAACACUGUUCCCAAUGUCACAGACUAUUUGUCCCACAGAGAGGGCAGUAGCCACCCAGUUGAAAACAAUGUUGCCAAACAGAGAGAUGAGUUACAGAGGCUUGGUGUGGUUGAGGCUUCCCAAACACCCAACGAAGUAUCUCCACUGGCAGAAGAUACCAUGGAGGGUAAGUGUGCACAGAUAGGGGGAAAGAAUUUUAACGAUCAAACAGAUUCACAGAACCCCAAAGCUGGUGAAGAUUCUGAAACCAGUGCCUACACCUCUAAUGUUACAUCUUCCCACUGUGGUCAAACAGACCUGGAAAUUAGAACCAAAUGCGUGGAGCUCCUUCUGCAAGCUCUAAGCCCGAAAACAGAGACUGCUUCGGAGCAGGUUUCUAAGUUCACAGCCCUGGCCAACGAAAUUGAAGCGCAAAUCUAUGCAUUGCAUGGGCCAAACCUGUCUAAAUAUAAAUCCUGUGUCAGAAGCAAGGUAGCCAAUCUAAGGAACCCAAAGAACCCCCACCUGAGGCAGGGUCUCCUGACUGGUGCCCUGACCCCCAAAGUCUUUGCCAGUAUGUCGGCAGCGGAGAUGGCCAGUGAGGAGCUCCGGAGACUCAGGGAGGUCUACACGACUGCCAGUAUCAACGAGCGUCAGCUACCGCGAGGCGUGGAGGGGACGCCCACGCAGAGAGUCCGUUGUCGCCGUUGCGAAGGAUCGGACUGUACGGUUACGCAGAUCUCGCGAGGCACGCUCUUCCUGCCGUCCUGGGCGCGGAACGGAAAGGCAGACGAGGACGCAAUGACGUUUGUGACGUGUAAUCGAUGUGGGACGCAGUGGUACCACAGCAACUGGAUCUGUCUAUGACACAAAUACGAGACGAGA